AUGUGGCUUCUCGAUGCGAAAACAUAUCGCCUGAAAUUCUUUCACGAGGCCACUGGAUAUGCCAUUCUCUCGCAUACCUGGGGCAAUGAAGAGGUAUCAUUUCAGCAGAUACAGGACCUUGAGGCUGCUCGACGAUUACGUGGCUUUGAAAAGAUACGUCUUACCUGCACACAAGCGCUCGAGGAUGGCCUUUCAUAUGCUUGGGUCGACACUUGCUGCAUUGAUAAGAAAAGCAGCGCAGAGCUGUCUGAGGCUAUCAACUCAAUGUUCAGAUACUACACCAGAAGCACAGCCUGCUACGUCUACCUGUCUGAUGUCACGACUACUCGCGCAGAGAAUUUCGACGUUGCUCCAGAUUGGCUCGCGAAGAGCCGGUGGUUCACGCGUGGAUGGACUUUACAAGAGCUCAUUGCCCCAAGCAAAGUCCUCUUCUUUUCUACACACUGGCGGCAAAUAGGUUCCAAACACGACUUGGCAAUUUGCUUAGCCGAAAUCACAGGGAUUCACCUGCCGGUACUUCGAAGUUCUGGCGUCCUUGGAAAGUACAGUGGAGCCCAGCGAAUGUCCUGGGCCGCUCAUCGCGAGACAACUCGACCCGAGGACAGGGCUUAUUCGUUGCUCGGACUGUUCGACAUCAACAUGCCGCUUCUUUACGGAGAAGGCGAGAAAGCCUUCGCACGACUGCAGCAAGAGAUCAUAAAGUCCUCCGAGGAUCACUCGAUAUUUCUGUGG